ACAAAUAAAUUAAAAAUAGAUCUGGGAAAAUGCAUUCUGCUCUUUGGAGGAUGUGAUUCUACUUACAGUGAAAUUAAAACAUACUUAUCAAUAAAAGUGGAAUAUUUUUUAUUGACUUUCUGAUGCAGCUCAAAGACUGAUGAAGGUCUAAAAACACGAACAUCUGAAUGUGUGAUUCCUGGGGUCAAAGGUCAAGGGGUGCAGCUUCAGUUGAACAUUGAAAAUAAUCAAACUAAACAUCCUGUUGAUGGUUCAUGAGCUGAAAAUAGUUUUAUUGAACCUAAUAAAACCAUAAGCCGUUAAAACAUUAAUCAUUCUUUAUUAAUAAUAUAUUAAUAUAUAAUAUUAAUAUUAUAUAAUAUUAAUCAAUAAUAAUGAAUAAUACAGAUUUUUACUAAUGAAUUUCAGCAGCCAAAAAUCGCAGGAGUCAUGCGGGAGUCCAAAGAGCCGGUUCUGUUAGUGAGCCGAGUCAGGAGAUCCGGUUCUCCUGAAGGAGUUCCUGUGAACAUCCGGUCAUGUCUGAGGUUCUGUUGGACCUGCUAGUUCUGGACUGAGGUUCGAGUUCGGUCAGAUUUUUACUAUUAAACCUGUCAGAGGGCCAAGCCCCGCCCCUCCGACAAUUUCCAUAAUUAAUGAACAAUUAUUCCCGCGUGACGUCACCAGAGUCCUCAGUAGCAGAAAUCCUGAGGCUCCGCAGACCGAGCGGGUCCUCACAGGAAACAGACAGGUGGAGACAGACAGACAGACAGGUGGAGACAGACAGACAGACAGGUGUCCAGUCCUCCUCCGCAGCAGCCGGACUCUUCCUCUCUCCCCAGGCUGUUGCGGCUCCGCGGGGCGCAGCGCCGCUGUUUGCGGCUCUCUCUGCGGGUCUUUGCGUCUCUCUGCGGACCGAACGGAGCGGCUCAGUUCGCAGGUGUCUGUCAGGAUGAACGGUCCAUGCUGAACGUCGCCUCAGCAUGACAUCAUCAGGCCCCGCCCCCUUCUCCCUCUGUCCUGACGUUGUUGCCGCUGGCCGCCUUGGCGCCCUGUGGCCCCGCCUCCUGCUGCCUCUCUGGAUCUGGACCGGCGAUCUGGCGGGCCAGGCACGGGCCUCGCACCAGCACUUGCACCCCCACUCCAUCAAGCUGCCUGGUGACAUCACACUGGGGGGGCUGUUCCCCAUCCACGCCCGCGGCCCCCACGGCGUGAACUGCGGCGAGCUGAAGAAGGAGAAAGGUAUUCACCGCAUGGAGGCCAUGUUGUACGCCCUGGACCAGAUCAACGGUGAUCCUGAGCUGCUGCCCAACAUCACGCUGGGCGCCCGCAUCCUGGACACCUGCUCCAGGGACACCUACGCCCUGGAGCAGUCCCUCACCUUCGUCCAGGCGCUGAUCCAGAAGGACACGUCUGACAUCCGCUGCUCCAACGGCGAGCCGCCCCUCAUCCGCAAACCGGAGAGGGUGGUAGGCGUGAUCGGAGCGUCGGCCAGCUCCGUGUCCAUCAUGGUGGCCAACAUCCUGCGGCUGUUCGAGAUUCCUCAGGUGAGCUACGCGUCCACGGCUCCAGAGCUCAGCGACAACAACCGCUACGACUUCUUCUCCCGGGUCGUUCCGCCGGACUCGUACCAGGCCCAGGCCAUGCUGGACAUCGUCAAGGCUCUGGGCUGGAACUACGUCUCCACGCUGGCGUCCGAAGGCAACUACGGCGAGAGCGGCGUGGAGGCCUUCAUGCAGAUCUCCAGAGAGGCCGGUAGGGACGCUCCUAUCUCCCCCAUCUCUGACCCGUCUGUCACCUGCCCCCGACCUGCCUAUGUCUCUCCACCAGGUGGUGUGUGCAUUGCCCAGUCGGUGAAGAUCCCCCGAGAGCCAGCUGAGGGCGAGUUCGAUAAGAUCAUCAAACGUUUGAUGGAGACAAGUAACGCCAGAGGAGUCAUCAUCUUCGCCAACGAGGACGACAUCAAGCGUGUUCUUGAAGCAGCGAGGCAGGCUAACCUGACGGGUCACUUCCUGUUUGUUGGGUCAGACAGCUGGGGGGCCAAGAGCUCACCAAUCGCCGAGCUGGAAGACGUUGCAGAAGGCGCUGUCACCAUCUUGCCCAAGCGGGCCUCGAUUGACGGUUUCGAUCAGUACUUCAUAUCUCGGUCCCUGGAGAACAACCGCAGGAACAUCUGGUUUGCCGAGUUCUGGGAGGACGACUUCAGGUGCAAAUUGACCCGUCCCGGAAUCAAACUGGACUCAGACAAGAAGAAGUGCACAGGAGGCGAGCGAAUUGGUCAGGACUCGUCCUACGAGCAGGAGGGGAAGGUUCAGUUUGUGAUCGAUGCUGUUUAUGCCGUCGCCUACGCUCUGCACAACAUGCACCAAGACCUCUGUCCCAACAGCCACGGGGUCUGCAGCAGCAUGGACCCGGUGGAGGGGCGCCUGCUGCUGGACUACAUCAGAGCCGUCAACUUCAACGGAAGUGCUGGGACCAGCGUUCUGUUCAACGAGAACGGAGACGCUCCAGGACGCUACGAUAUCUUCCAGUUUCAGAUGACCAACCACAGCCAUCCUGGCUACCACGUCAUCGGCCAGUGGACCAACAACCUGAGGCUCAACCUGGAGGAGAUGCAGUGGUCAGGAGGAGACAAAUCCGUUCCAGAGUCCAUCUGUAGCUUCCCCUGCAAACCCGGAGAGCGAAAGAAGAUGGUGAAGGGAGUCCCCUGCUGCUGGCACUGCGAGCUCUGUGACGGGUACCAGUACCAGUUGGACGAGUUCACCUGUGAAAUGUGUCCAACGGACAUGCGGCCCGUCCCCAACCGGACGGCCUGCUGUCCCACGCCCAUCAUCAAGCUGGAGUGGAACUCUCCCUGGGCCCUAGUGCCCGCCUCUCUCGCCAUGCUGGGUAUCCUAGCAACCAGCGCCGUGGUGGUCACCUUCAUUCGCUUUAACGACACCCCUAUCGUCAGGGCGUCAGGAAGAGAGCUGAGCUACGUCCUCCUGACCGGUAUCUUUCUGAUUUACCUGAUCACCUUCCUGAUGAUCGCGGAGCCAGGUGUGGCGGUGUGUGCAUUCCGGCGCCUCCUGCUGGGCCUCGGCAUGGCCAUCACCUACUCCGCCAUGCUAACCAAAACCAACCGCAUUUACAGAAUCUUCGAACAGGGCAAGAAGUCGGUGACUCCUCCUAAAUUCAUAAGCCCCACCUCCCAGCUCGCCAUCACCUUCAUCCUCAUUUCUGUCCAGGUUCUGGGCGUGUUCAUGUGGUUCGCUGUGGUUCCUCCUCACACCAUCAUCGACUACGAGGAGCUCCGCCCACCAAACCCAGACCUGGCCCGAGGCAUCCUCAAGUGUGACAUGUCGGACCUGUCCAUCAUCUGCUGCCUGAGCUACAGCAUCGUUCUUAUGGUAACAUGUACAGUUUACGCCGUGAAGAGCCGAGGCGUUCCGGAGACAUUCAACGAAGCGAAGCCCAUCGGCUUCACCAUGUACACCACCUGCAUCGUCUGGCUGGCCUUCGUCCCCAUCUUCUUUGGUACCGCUCAGUCCACUGAGAAGAUGUUCAUCCAGACUGCCACCCUGACCGUCUCCAUGUCCCUCAGUGCUUCUGUCUCUCUGGGGAUGCUGUACAUGCCCAAAGUUUACGUCAUCGUCUUCCACCCGGAGCAGAAUGUCCAGAAGAGGAAGAGGAGCUUCAAGGCGGUUGUCCAGGCGGCCACACUGUCCCAGAAGACGGACAAACCGAACGGAGACACCAAGAUCGAACCCGACAGAACUCAGUAGCUCCACCUGCUGGAGGCAAGGAACGUUUCAGCGUUUCUAGUGCCGAAGAACAAAACCUUGAUUUGAUGCUUGAACUCAUCCUGACCCCGACGGAAACAUCUGACCCCUGACCAGAGCCACGCAAUGAUGAUGAUGAUGAUGAUGAUGAUGAUGAUGAUGAUGAAUCCUGUUUUCUCUCCUUCUCAGGUACCAGCCAACCAGAGGAGAGCCUGAUGACAUCAUCACCAUCAUUAUCAUGAAGACGCUGAGCUUUUAUUGUGAAAACCAGACUUUAGGUCA